AUUUGCAUCGGAGUUCGAUUAUUGUAGACUGUGCUAGUCGUUUAACCGGAGCUGAAACAAAAUGAAGAUGAUAUAUUUUCCUAUCCUGUAAACCAGCUAUUUAUUCCACAGGUUGUGACGUUUGGCAGGAUGUCAGGAUGGCAAGUGGCCCUGGCUUGCCGGACAGCCUGGUGCUGGAAAUUUUCUUGCAUCUCCCUCAUGAGGCGGUGCUGAGCGCUGGGUUUACCUGCCAUCAGUGGUUUGCCGUGUCGCGGGAUGAGUUCCUCUGGAGGGAGCUCUUCUAUAGCUACUACCGCAUCCCUCGCUCUGUGCCUCGCCACCCAGCUUCUACGUCGUGGUAUAGGGAGUUCAAGCGGCUGUAUGACUGCAUCCCCUGUGUGGAGGUUCAGACUUUGAAGGAACAUCAUGAUCAGGUCCUGCAUUUGGCCUUCUCUCACCGUGGACAUCGCUUCUCUUCCUGCUCUAAAGACUGUACUGUUAAGGUUUGGGACACAGAGAAACCAGAUGGCACCAUCUCUUUGGUUCACAGCUACAGUAUGCGACAGUUUAACUGGGGCUACACUCAGUUCUCCCAGUUUAACACUGAUGACACACUCCUGCUGGUGUCAGGGGUCUAUCUGGGCCCACAUCACUCCUCCUCUGGAGAGAUUGCAGUCUUCAGUUUGGAGAACUACACUCUGCUGUCCCGCGUGAGAAAUAAACCCUAUGACGUGUUCGGCUGCUGGCUGAAUGAGACUCACCUUAUCUCUGGUAACCUGCACUCGAUUGGCAACAUGACCUCCUGCUCUGUACUGUGGCUCAACAAAGCCUUCCAGGACAUUGAGUCAGAAAACGUGAAUGUGGUGAAGCGUCUCUUUAAGAUCCAGAACAUCAAUGCCAGCACUAUCCGCACAGUGAUGGUGGCCCACUGCCGUCGACACGACUCCCCUGACCUCCUCCUGGACUAUGAAGCUCAGUCACAGGCACAAGCUCAGCGGACACUGCAGCACCAGCCUCUCUUCUUUGAUCUGGGAAAAUCAGACAGUGAGGAGGAGAAAGAAGAUGAUGGGGAUGAGGAGGAUGAGGAGCGAGGAGAAAAAAGAGUGUCAGCACAUCUGCCCUCAUAUAACCCAUCUGGCCUGCAGCAUGUAAUACAUGGUUGUCAGAGCAUAGCUGCUCAUGAUCGAGAGUUGGAGACGAAGGUGGCCAGGCUGAUGGGCAAUAGACGCACCAAAGCUCCUGAUCCAAACCUGGUGUCUCCCUCAGCUCCUGGAGAAGGAGAGGACAAGACUUACCUCCUCUUCACCACUGGCAGCCUCACCUACUCGCCUCACCAAAUUGGUAUCAAGCGGAUAAUGCCUGAUCAAAUGACAACAAGUGGUCCUGUGUUAGGAGAAGAGCGCAGUACAGAGGAGUUCUUUGACUCGCUGGAUCAUGUGAUCGACAUACACGGCCACAUCAUCGGCAUGGGUCUGUCACCUGACCAUAGGUACUUGUACGUGAAUAGUCGAGCAUGGCCGGCGGGAUGUGUGAUCUCUGACCCCAUGUCCCCUCCCCCCAUCGCAGAGGAGAUCGACCUGCAUGUGAUUGAUCUGAAGAGUCUUAGAGAGGAGCGCCGUAGCCUUCGAGCCCACCGGGCCUUCACACCCAACGAUGAGUGCUUCUUCAUCUUCCUUGAUGUCAGCCGAGACUUUGUCGCCAGCGGUGCAGAGGACAAGCACGGUUACAUCUGGGACCGACACUACAACAUCUGCCUGGCACGCCUGCAACAUGAUGAUGUGGUCAACUCUGUGGCCUUCAGCCCAGCAGACCAGGAGCUGCUGCUGUCUGCCAGUGACGACUCCACCAUUAAAGUGUGGCGCUCCCCACGCAUGCUGCGCCUCACACAGCCCCCCCGACACCCGCCACGGGCUCGCAAACUGAUCUCGUCCUUACUCGGCCAAAGAAGAGCUAAUCUGAAUGGCAAACCCUGACCUGGACACUGGCAGGCGUAUCGAAACAGAAAGACACUCCAUGAGCAGAGAGGCAUGUGUGAGGUCAAGAAACUGGACUUCUACAUGGGUGCCUAUGAGAAGAACAAGGGUACAUGUGUUUUCUUAGUGGCAGGUAAAUCACUGAAAAAUGAAAUGUGAUCUUUGCAUAAAGAAACAACAAAAGAAAAGAGGAUUUUUGGAUCACCAUAUGCGCAUAGAAACGUAAACAUCAACAGUAUAUGUGACUUCAAAGGCAAAGAACCAAGGAUUUGAGGGAAGAUAUAGGUCAUUCACAUGUGAGUGUCUCGUGUGCAGUUGUAAGUCCAUUUAACCCAGUCGUGGUGACUGAAACACUGCCUGUGCCCGCUCAUAUUUUUUAUGUUUUUUGUUUUUGUUUUCUUUUAGAUGAUCAGAACAAAAACAGGUUUAGAGUAUUUAAAUACUCAAAACAGGGGGAAAAUCUAGAUUCUGGUACAAACUUACAAAAGUUAUGUGUCUCUGGUUUUAUUUUUGGUUUUAAAAGAAAGAGCAGUUCAGUUUAACAUGGUUUCUGAAUGACAAUGUUUAUUUCCUCUCCAUCUAUGCCUUUAUUAUUGAAAUCAAUUGUAUCCUUUGUGCAUAUGGGAUUUAACAAUCAUACCAUACUGAAAAAUUCCAAAGAAACUCAAAGCCUUCAUGUUUGAACCUUUAGCUGUCACCUUUAUUCAAUCAUUCGGUUUUAACAAUGCACCAGUGACGCACCUCUGUUAUGGUAUUAUAUAUUUAUUUGAUAUGUACAUCCUGGUAUGACAUGUCGUGACUGUAUGUGCAGGUUGUAUUCACAUUUAUUUCUAUAGGAUUGUUAAAACUACCAAAAAGAAGAAAAAACUCAAUUACAGGUCCGACAGCAGGCCAUUUCAUUCUCCAUUCAAUAUUUAAUGUAGAUGAGCUCCAUGACACACUUUUCACACACGUUAUACCCACAACUCACCUCCAGCACCUCACCUUCCUGUGUCAUAAGCUUACAUUUGUUUACCAGCAUUAAAUAUUCAGCAAAGGUGCUCAUUUGUUAUAAUCUCUUAAAUGUCCCCAUGGCUCACAUAUAUGAUCUAUACAUGUGAAGCACAGAUGAAAUAUUUGUUACUUGUGCAUUACAGGCAGAGUGUGAGAAAGUUUGGAUCACAAUGUGCAGCAUUAGGCUCUAUAAUUGUGGCCAGUGGUUUUUUUGUUAAUGGACCUGGUUCCCUGUAUGACAUUUGUUUGAGCUUGUGAAUCUGAUUUAUCACCUUCCUUUUGGCUGUUUGCCAUCGUUUUACAUUUUGUAUUGUAGAAUGUGUAAAAUUUGUUUGACCCAUUAAACUAUUUUUCUUUUACCAGA